GCGGGCGCAGGUUGCGGCGGGGCCCAUUUGAGGUGGGCACAGCGCGGCGCGGCGGCAGCCGCUGUGGCGGCAUGAAGGAGCUGGAGACGAGCUUGAAGAUGGAGUGCGACAUCUUGGACGCGCUGGAGGCCCUAGGGUACACGGGUCCCCUCUUGGAGGAGGAAGCCUUGAACAAAGCAGCACAAAGUGGGUUGUCUUCGCCAGAGUUUUUUGACCUCUGUGUUUGGUUGGGCUCCCAGAUAAAGUCACUUGGUGACAUGGAAGAAAGCAUCACAUCUGCAGAUGGGCCUCUUUCAGAAGGAAGAAAAUACUGUUGGAGUGGUGAUAAAGAUAUAGAGAGCUUUCAGCUUGAGAUUAGUGGCUUUCUGAGAGAAAUGGCUUGUCCGUAUUCGUCACUUAUAUCUGGAGACAUAAAAGACAGAUUGAAAGAGAAGGAGGAUUGUCUUAAACUCCUCUUAUUUCUAAGUACAGAACUUCAAGCUUUAAAGAUAUUGCACAGCAAGAAAAGUAAAAGCUCUCAUUUGGAAAAGCACAAUGAAAUCCAUCAGGAAGUACAAGCUAUCUGUGAUGCACUGGGCUUACCAAACUCCUCCUCAUCUGAUAUUCCUCCUUUGUUAAACAGUGUGGAACAAAAGAUAAAGGACAUUCUCUCAAAAGUUCAGAAAAACCACGUAGGGAAAUCACUGCUAACAAAACCUCUGAAUUCUGAUCAAGUGGAAAGAUUGGAAAAAAUCAAUGAUGCUCUUCGCAGUGAAUACGAGUGUCGCCGUCGUAUGUUAAUGAAGAGGCUAGAUGUGACAGUGCAGUCUUUUGGCUGGUCUGACAGAGCAAAGGUAAAAACGGAUGACAUAGCACGAAUCUAUCAGCCCAAGCGCUAUGCAUUGUCUCCAAAGUCAACAGUAACAUUAGCUCACCUUCUUGCCGCUCGAGAGGAUUUAUCAAAGAUCAUAAGAACAAGUAGUGGAUCAACAAGAGAAAAUACAGUUUGCGCAAUCAACAAGGUUCUGAUGGGGAGAGUACCUGACCGUGGAGGCAGACCAACAGAGAUUGAACCACCUCCUCCUGAAAUGCCUCCGUGGCAAAAAAGACAGGAGGGUGGUGGAAGAGGUGGCUGGGGAGGUGGAGGUGGUGGAGGGAGGGGCGGCUGGGGUGGUGGAGGGGGUAGAGGAGGUGGUGGGGGUGGCUUUGGGGGUGGGGGUGGGGGUGGCUUUGGAGGUGGGGGUGGGGGUUUCAGGGGCGGUGGAAGAGGUGGAGGUGGUUUCCAAGGCGGCAGGGGGGACUAUGGUGGCAGGGGUGGUUAUGGUGGCAGAGGGGGUUAUGGAGAUCCGUAUGGUGGAAGAGGAGGUGGAGGUUAUCGGAGAUACUGAAAGAGUAGUAAACAAAAUAUAGUGGUGGUGUUUACUGGUAUCAGGAAUUUAGAUAAUGGUACCUUUGGUUUAGAUUAGAUUUAAGUAUGACCACGUGAAUCAUUGCAUUCGACCAAUGUUGUCACUGAAUUCUUUUAGUUAACUAAGCAGAACAUUUAUACUAAAAUAUCAUGAUUAGAGUCUUCGCUUUUUGUACUGGUUGUGUUUUGUUGUUUUUUUUUUAAUUAUGUUCAUUUAUUUAAAAUAAGCCUCAGAAAACAGAAUAAAAACCUUUUUAAAGAAACAGAAUAAAAAUGACGUUCAGGCUUCUCUAAUUAUUCAUUGUUGCAUGUGAAUUCUCCUGCUCCAAAAGCUGGAUACAAAAAAAAAAAAGAACUAAAAAAUCAGACCUAAGAACUUGAGGGAGACACUUCUGAAAGUCCGGACUGCUGCUCUUGUGCUUUUUUCCUUAUCCAGUUUUUACAUGGGACAUAUUGGAGAACUUCAGUUUCAAGUUGUCACUUAAGGCUUUGGUCAGAGUUAUUCAGGGAGCUUUCCUUUUCUUUCAGAACUUGACAUAAAAGUAACAUCCUGAAUUACUUCUCUAUUGAUACUAGUAAAAUUAGGUGGCUUUGUGUGUUUGUAAAUACAUCGGAAAUUAACCGAAGGUCAGAGCAUGGACCACAAAACCAGAAUCGUGGUGGCUUUUGAUGUUUAUUUUUACAUUACUUGCUUUUCUUAUUAUUGAUGUUUCACAAAAGCAUUUUCUACUACCAUCAUGUCCAAUAGAAGUUCAUUUAUAUACUCCUCCUGCAUCAGCCUUUACAAAUAAAGGUCAACAAAGUUUAGUUGCCUGAGAAAGAGCAUGCCAUUUCUUUAUCUCCUGCCUGCUCUGUAUUUGGCAACUGACAGCUGAUGAGUUGCCUCAUGCAGAAGUUGCUUUUCCCCAUUAAGGUUUUUGGAAAAAGCUCCAAUAUAGCAUUCAAAGGCUUUGCUUUUUUAUUCUGUCACCCAAUUGAUCUGAUAACAUGCAAGAAAUUCAGUCUAGAUAUGUAUGGAUACUUUCUCCUUCACAGAUUGUGUUAGUCCAGUAAGUGUAUCUAGAUGAGGAAAUGGAUUUUGUAUAGUUAUGGCUGUUAGUAGAUUAAUUUAGAUAGAUUAAAUUAAGUUCAAAGCUGCCAGCUAAAAAUGAUGUCUGUUACUUAACUUCUUUAGAUCCCUCCUCUGUUGUGAUGCCAUUUGUGAGUAGAGGUGAAACAAGAGAGAUGAUGCCCACGUAUCUAUUCACAAUAGUAUUUAUCAAGGUCAUGUCACUGCAGAGAUUCAGGAAGGCAUCUGAUAAACCUGGGCAUGUCUCUUGACAGAAACCUUGAAGCACUUUCAAGGAAUAUAUCACUCAGACUUAUCUGCAGUUGAACUUUAAGUUUUGAAUUUGCUUUUGUGUACCACAGUUAUGAGGUUUUUUGUGUUUUUUUUUCCCACAAACUUGCUGUUGGUGUCCAAGUUGGUUGGUAUGCUUUAAAAUUCUUACCCUGUCUUUGCGGACAAAUGGAUCGUGCCCUCAAGUACAGAGGCAGAUCUAUGUAGGAACGUAAAGCUUUGUUCAAAAUUAAAUGCUUCUCUAGCAUGUUAGUUAAAAACGUGUCAGGUGUACCAACACCUUCAUUUGAAAUUUUAGUCUAGAAAAAUCCUUCCUGUUAUUUUUUUGUAUGCUUAUUGACUCAGAAUGCUGCUUUAUGAUGUGAUUUGUACAGCCUUAACCGUACUUUACAGUUCCAGUAGGCUUCAAGAAAAAAAAAGUGGGAGAUGUCAUUGCUUGUACAUGCUGACUUGAAUGUGAACUUAAUAUAAUGAAGUACCCUGUUGGCUCAACUUCACCCACCUCCUAGCAGUAGUCUCAUUGUUGCUUUGUUUCUACACUCAUUUCUGUUGUCGGCCUCUGCUGAUGUUAUGGAGAGGAAUUUCGAGUGGGAGCGUAGUACUGAUUUUUCUUUGGAGGUUGAUUUUUGCAUAGUGCUAUAGAGUAGCUCACAAAUAACAUUCAGAGUGAGACCACUGGCCAUGGAGAUGACAAGUAUUGGUCAGCAAGGGAAGGAGAGUAGUUUUUAACAAACAAAGCCUUAAUUUAAAAUUCUCUUUGCUAAUCCUAUGCUGUUAUUUUUGCUACAAGUAACAUAUGAACAACAAUCAAGAAUUUAGUUUUACCAGGGAAUUAGGCUGGGAAAUUCAAGUGGUUUUUCUACGCAUAAAGAUUUCAUCAUUCUUAAGAUGUGAAGCUGCACUGGGUUAGUUGGCCUGCAGGGCUGGUAGAACCAUAGUAGUUGUGCAUGUGCCUCAGUGCUCUCACACCUGUCAGUUUGUGCUGUUCAUAACAGAUAGCGCCGUUCGGAGUGAAGUACACCAGAUGUGCGCCCCUUACACUUCUAACAGUUCAAUUAUGCCAUACUGUUUUCCAAUUGUUUUUUAAGUUGAUGUUGUAAAAGACAGAAGUUUAAAUAAGGUGAAGUUUUAUGGCAGAUUUUUUUUUUUAAUUUAUUUAUUUGAGCCAUUUCAUAUUUUCUUGAAUAAUUCCUAAGUGUGAAGCCAGUAGCAGAAAAGCAAAGUAAGCACCACCACAUUUCAUUGAGGUAUCCCUUUCUCGGUCUUGUCUGUUGUCAGAAUAGAUGUUCUUAUUUCAUCAAAAGAUGCAAUAAUACCAUUAAAACAACUGACUGAAGCCUCCAACCCUUCUGUCUCAGUCUUGAAAGAAGUAUUUUCAAAAAUUAAGAAAAAAGCCAUUUUAGAUGUCUGCGAUUAUUUCCGUGUUUAUUCAGAUUCAGUGAAUUGUUUUGGUUGAUCAGGAAUUGAAAAAGAAGACUUUUGUGUCCGGGCUGAAGAGGGAUGGUUUUGUUAACAGCUGUAAACACUGAGGAAUAAAGUACCGUAUUUGAAGUUA